CAGCUGGCAGUUGGGUCUCAAACUUUAAACCUUACACAGCUCGCGACGAGAUCGAAUUCGAAGACGAAUAUCCGAACCUAACGAAUCAAAUCAUAGUUAUUCACAAGUUAAUAGUUACAUGCGUGUCGUAUCUCGAUAAAUAUGCGAAAUAUUUUGCGUAUAUUGUUUUGCCUGAUGCUGUUGUGGAGCCAACUGGACGCGAGGCUAGUGCGGAUUCGACGCAUUCGUCGCCUGGUUGGCGACAGUGAACGGGAUGCACAGAUAACGGAUUACCAAGUGUCGCCACUGGACGAGGAGGGCGUUUUUAAGUUUGCCUUCAAGACAAGCAAUGGCAUCGAUGUCCAAGCAGCUGGCAGUGCUCUGGAAACCAUUGGCAUCUUCAGCUAUACCUCGCCGGAGGGUGUGCCCAUCGAGACACGAUACAUAGCCGAUGAGUUGGGCUUCCAUGUGGUGGGCAAACAUCUGCCACAACCCCCACCCACACCCAGUUACAUCCUGCGCUCCCUGGAAUACAUACGCACCCACAACGAGGAUGGCACUUUAAAGCAACAUGUGCUGUGAACACAUUCGAAUCAAGUGCUCCAGAAGAAGGCUGAUAUACAUACUUAUGUCGCUAGUUUGUCAUAACUUGCUCUUGGAAUUAGCUGCGCUUAUAACUUAUGUCAUCCACAAAAAAAGAAAUCAAAAUCAUAUUCCAUGGCACCUGCUAGUAGACGUUGUCAAAUAUUUAUGUUGACAGCAUUAAGAACUUUAGAAUAAUUUAUAUUUACAACAUACAACUGUCAUUUACGUCUAAA